AUGCUAUAUAUUGCCAUAUGCUAUAUAUUGCCACGAAUUCGGAGACAACUUGAGAGAAAAUGGCAUAAAACAAGGACGAAUGCUGAUUGGAAUCGCUAUAAACAACAAUGUUAUGCUGUAAAUAAACUUAUCGACUCCUCAAAAUCGGCUUACUAUACCGACUUGAUUAAUAAUGGAUCAUCUGAUCAAAAAACCCUUUUCAAGACUGUAAGCAAUUUGCUGCAUACAAAUACGAUUAUUCGCUAUCCAUCUUCUCCUGACCCAAUGUCACUUGCCAACUCAUUUAGUGAUUUCUUCACUCAGAAAAUUGUUAAAAUACGAGGUGAUAUCGAAAAUGAACUCUUGAGUAAAAACAUAGAAAAUCCUAUACCUGAUGCUGAUUCAUGUCCUUAUGAAUUUCACACCUUCAGGGAGGUUGGAAAAGACGAAGUGCUCCAUUUAAUCCAACGUAUCGCAACUAAAUCCUGUUCUCUGGAUCCACUCCCGGUGGUCAUGCUAAAUCACUGUUUUAAAGACAUCUUACCCGUUGUAGCUAGAAUAAUCAACCUCUUCUUGGAGAGUGGUACAAUGCCUGACUCUUUGAAGAUUGCUGUUGUUCAACCGCUAUUAAAAAAGUACAAUCUUUCCUAUGAAGAAUUCUGCAGUUUUCGUCCAAUAUCAAAUCUGAAAUUUGUCUCGAAAUCUAUUGAGAAAGCAGUUGCUGUACAAUUAACUGAUUAUCUUACUGAAAAUCAUCUACAUGAGAAAUUCCAGUCUGCUUAUAAACCUUGUCAUAGUACAGAAACAGCGCUAUUGAGGGUUCAAAAUGAUAUCCUUCAAGCUCUAGAUAACGGUGAUUCUGUUAUUCUUGUCCUACUGGAUCUGUCGGCGGCUUUUGACACCGUGGAUCAUUUAAUGUUAUUAACAAGACUAUCGAAACGCUUUGGCAUAAGGGGUCGUGUGUUGGUUGGCUUACCUCAUACCUUACAUCCAGGAAACUGUUUAUUCGUGUUGAGGGAACUGAUUCGUUAUUGA